AUGUUCUCGGUGCUGUCGUACGGGCGGCUGGUGGCCCGCGCCGUGCUGGGCGGCCUGUCGCAGCCCGACGCCCGGGCCGGGGGCGGCGGCGGCGGCGGCGACUUCGGGCUGGUGACGGCGGGCUGCGGCUUCGGCAAGGACUUCCGCAAGGGCCUCCUCAAGAAGGGCGCCUGCUACGGCGACGACGCGUGCUUCGUGGCCCGCCACCGCUCGGCCGACGUGCUCGGGGUUGCAGAUGGUGUAGGAGGAUGGAGAGACUAUGGAGUUGAUCCGUCUCAGUUCUCAGGGACUUUAAUGCGGACAUGUGAACGGUUAGUGAAAGAAGGACGGUUUGUACCAAGUAAUCCCAUUGGAAUCCUGACUACAAGCUACUGUGAGCUGCUGCAAAAUAAAGUACCUUUGCUUGGUAGCAGUACUGCCUGCAUUGUGGUGCUGGACAGAACUAGCCACCGCUUACACACAGCUAAUCUUGGUGAUUCAGGCUUUCUGGUAGUUAGAGGUGGUGAAGUUGUGCACCGAUCUGACGAGCAGCAGCAUUACUUCAACACUCCAUUCCAGCUCUCAAUUGCACCACCUGAAGCCGAAGGAGUCGUCUUGAGUGACAGCCCAGAUGCUGCUGAUAGCACAUCUUUUGAUGUCCAGUUAGGAGACAUUAUCCUGACAGCAACCGAUGGGCUCUUUGACAACAUGCCUGAUUAUAUGAUCCUGCAGGAACUAAAAAAGUUAAAGAAUUCAAAUUAUGAGAGUAUACAACAGACAGCAAGAAGCAUUGCUGAGCAAGCUCAUGAGCUAGCUUAUGAUCCAAACUACAUGUCACCUUUUGCACAGUUCGCAUGUGACAACGGAUUGAAUGUGAGAGGUGGAAAGCCAGACGACAUCACCGUCCUUCUUUCCAUAGUGGCUGAGUAUACAGACUGACUUGCGAGUGUCAGCUCCUGCCUUUCCUUUUCAUCAUCCCAAACUCCCUCUUGCUGUCUGAGUUGAUCCUGCUGGCAGGACCACCUUCUUUGCCACUGAUCUCAAUGGCCAGUGAUGUAAACCUUUUGCCCGUCUUUUUGAAACCCAGUUGAGAUCUUUGUUGAGAACCACUACUGUCAUUCACUAGUUCAUAUCUGCUGGCAGCAUUUGAAGAGAAUCAAGAUUUUUGAAAAUUGGUCUUCAUUUCUCAUUGCCCCUAUCCACGAUGGGGUGGAGGCUUUGAAAGCCAAAGUUGGUUAUCACUUUUCAAAAAUGGCUCAUCAGUAUCAUAAAUGUUGUUGGUAAAUGGAUUCAAAAUUACAAUGUGUAAAAGGGAUUUUAAAAGUCAACGCAAAUUGUAUGCUAUGGUACAUCUUGUAGAACCAUUUUUCAUCAAAAGAAAUGUUACACAUGUAUUAUACCGUCUGUUAUGAUGAUUGGGUGUGGCUUUAUGUUUUUAUUAUAAUCUCCUAUUUUUGAGGAGCUAAUAAUUCUGCUCUGAAAUACUGCUCCAGGUUAGAGAAUCUCGAUCCAGGGGCUUUUUUGUUAUAGAUUGUAAAGAAAAUUCAGUUUAGCUAUUGGAUGCAAAUGUUUCAUGGUUUUUCAAAGAUGCUUGAUAAUGCUAUAAUGAAAGUGUUGGCAGUUUACUGAGAAGUUCAGUUCACAUGCUGGUAGCCUGAGCUGCAGGAGGACCGGGGUACUAGACUUUUAAAAUGGAAAUAUUACUGAGAGUACAAAACUCUUCAAAGUCUAGAAAGUUCAUGUUUUGGCUGAAAUCCCUCCUAGAUAUUUUUACCAGCUGCCAUUCUUCACAGGGAGCUCCAUCUAUCUCCUGGGCUUAAAAGGCCUAAGAGAACAGCCAUAACUGAAUGGUGUUGGCUUUUGAUGGUCCUGCUACUCCGAGUCUCUUUCAGACCUUGCUCGAGCAGCCUGGCUUUCUCGAGAACGAGCUCUAAAUUCGGGGAGUUCGCGGAAGAGCACUGGGGCAGAGACAGCAGCACAAGAGCCCACAAGGAAGUAUCCUGGUGAUGACCUGGCCUUUGCAUUUGUCCUACACAGAGUUUGGGGGUUUUGAAUCAGCUUAAUGUUUACAGUUUCCAAAUAGCCAUCUUGCAGUGUAUAGUUUCGAUAGAAAACUAUCCCGCAUUCAGUUUUCCCAUUAUCUGUAAGCCCAAACGUAUUUUUAAGGUUUGUGUACAAGUCAACUGCUGUAAAGAUAUAUAUUUUUGGGUCAAUUUUUUCCUUCAUUAACUUGGUGGUAGAAAAAGAUAUAUACUUAGAAAUCCUUAAAUUAAAGCCAUGUUUUAUAUAAGUCAGGUAACAUUGGUGUAUAGAGGAGAAUGCAGUUAAACCUGAUGAGGAUCUGCUUGUGGAGAAAAUAGAAAGUCUGUUUCUCUAAAGGAGAUACUACUCCCUGGUUUAUUGCAUUAAUACUUUUAUGUUUGAGGUUACCUCAACUUGUUUUGAAAGAUUUUGUUUUGUGAAUUUGUACUGUAUAUUUGAGUAACUGUCAAGCUUUUAUUUUAUUUAAAAUUGUUUAACAUGUACCAUGUACAUGUCAUUACUAUAUUUCAAUGCAUCAUGCUUGUAACAGGCAUUUCAUUUAUAAUAAGAAUGAGUUAUUCAUUUGUAAGCUGUUCAGUAAUUUAUCUACUAUUCCUAAAUUGGCAUAAUGUUAGAUAUCUAUUUUGAAUCACCUUUUAAUUACAUGUCAGAAUGCCUUAACUACCCUAACUUGACAAAACAGUUCUUUGGUGGAAAAGGGACUGGGGGAAAACUGUCUAAGGAGAAUCCAUUGUGCUGUGACAAAACAUGGAAGCGUGAGUGGUGAGUGGCAGGUAUUUAUUUUGCACAAAAUAUUUGCAGUCUCUGUUUAAGUAAAGAAAGUUGCAUCCAGAAGGGAUUUGUUGUAAUACAUUUAUAUUUGGCUAACAGCUUCAGUCCUCUUGUGUUCUUGUGCGGUUUUUUUGUUUUGUUUUGUUUUUGUUUUUUUAAUUUCUGGUCAGAGGUAUUUAUAGCCUUAGGAUCUGCGUAUAUUUGCAUUAAUUUUCCAAUGCCAACAUUUAAUUACUAGUAAAGCCAGUUCUGGUUCAGUCACGGCUUUCUUUGCUCUUAUUUAACCAAUCAGAUACAAUCCAUGUAAAGCUACAUUGGUGGUGAUUCAUAUGAUUUGUAUAAUCAGUUUAGAAAUUGAGAGUAUAUGGAGCCAGCCAAAGCGAUAGUACAGUGGGUAGGGAGCUGGCCUUUCUUUCGGCCUACCUGGGUUCUGUCCCCAACAUCCCAUAUGGUCCCCUCAGCUUGCCAGUAAUAAGGUUUUGGGCAACACCUGAGUAUUACUGUGUGUGGCCCCAAAACAAAACAAAUUUCUAAUAAAAUGAAAUGGAAAAUAAGUUCCAGCAAUAUAAAAAAAUCAUGGAACAAGAAUUGAAUUUUACAGUGGAACUGACUAUGGACUGGGUGUAUAGAUUACUACUGAUGCAGGUUUUUUCUGUUUGUUCGUUUUUUUUACCCUGCUAUUUUUGUGUUAGGCACUUAAUUUUAUGACUGCCAGGAGUCAGCUGGAGUGCUACUUACCAAGUAACUCUCCUUUACUCUCUGUUCAGAGGCUGUAUUGGACCUAUACUGGAAUUUUCCAGGUCACAAAGACCCUAGUUUCUGUGUGUUGUGACUGAGAUAACACUUGGUGGUUCUAAUUUUGAACUUAAUGUGUGUGAAUUAUAUUUGAAAUGAAAUAGUAUAAAAGCACACACAUUUGCCUCAUGUAAUGGACUUUUAUAACAAAAGAGAAAAUUUGGAUUUCUAAUUUACAAAUAGCAAGUUAUUUAUCCCUCUCUGGAUGCACCAAAGAUCAGUAAAGUUUAUAGCUUUUCCAUCUAUAUUUAUAAAGCAAUACUGUAUUAUAAAAAUCAAUAUUUUUAUCACAUGCUUGAAAUUUUUAUUUUGUUCUGUUUUAAAAUGUGCACUCUAAACAUAUCAGAACCUUAUUUCUUCCUGUGAAUUUAAGCUUGCCUGUGCACAAAAAAAAAUACUCAUGGAGUGAAAAUGAAAUAGAGCCCAUAGGGUCUUAAAAAUGGAAAGAUGAUGUGAAGUGAGAGACAGGUUCUUUGAAGCACUGUACUGGCUUGACAUGGUUGAUGGCUACUAACUCACAAAAGAAUCCAUUCCAGGUGUGCAUGUCUGCGGGUUGUGCUAUGUCGGAUUAGAGCCGCAUUUCAAGCAUUGCCUGCUGGAAGUGUCCUGUCCUGUCUGCUGCAUUUGUGCAGGGCAGACAGUUAGCUUUCAGUACCACACAGUAUCGACAUAUCACUUCAAGUACCAGGACAGGAAUUGUGGGAGUUUAUUUACUGAGUCAGUUUUGAGUUUUGGUGAUUGUAAACAAGAUUGGGUAGAACUGUUAAUGUUUGUAUUUUUUGUAAGUUUGUGGAUCCUUGUCACCUUACACCAGCUCUUAUUGGUAGAAGCUACAUAAGCAUUCAAUUUUCUUGAAGUUCACUUUUGCAAUUAACAGAUUUUACGAUAUAAAAAUAUUGCUUGUUAAACUGAAAAUAUAAAGUAGAAAACAUUUUGAUUCUAUUUAUUUUUUUAAAAGUUUAAGUUCUUUGCAAAAUUGAUGAACUCAUCAACUAAAAGUCAGCAUUGUCUAAGUCAAAAUUUUAACUGUUAGCAGUUAGUUUGUGGAAAGGAUGGUUAAAAACAAUGAAGUAAGUUUGAAUUUGUGUAUACUAAUGAGCUGCUUUUUUUUGUUAAGACUAUCAUUUUUUGUUUUACCCAAGAGGCAAUGACCUAAGUUGGAUGUCUGAAUAUAACUUAUGCAGGAAUAGUUCUGUAAAUACAUUUAAAUAAACUGUAAAGAUAUUUAAUAAAUAUAGUAUUUAUACUAA